CGUCACAUGACCGAAGAGACUGGGAACUGGGCGGGGCAUCACGUGACCCUCUCGCGGGCGACGGCUGAUGACGCAGGAGCCCGCGCUGGCCGUUGCGGCGACGGGCUGAGGGGUUGCGGAGCGGAGUUGGGGUCCCGGCGUGCGGACUUUGGGCGCAGCAGAUCGAGAUAGGCGGAGCAGCCAGGUAAUAAUUCCAAGAUGCCAGGGCGUUCCAGUUCAAGUUCAGGUUCAACUGGUUUCAUAUCCUUCAGUGGUGUAGAGUCUGCUCUCUCUUCCUUAAAAACCUUCCAAUCCUGUAUCAGCUCUGGAAUGGACACAGCAUCUAGUGUGGCUUUGGAUCUUGUGGAAACUCAGACUGAAGUGAGUAGUGAAUAUAGUAUGGACAAGGCCAUGGUUGAAUUUGCUAUAAUGGAUCGGGACCUAAACCAUUAUGUUAAGGCUGUUCAAUCUACAAUAAAUCAUGUAAAAGAAGAACGUCCAGAAAAAAUACCAGAUUUAAAAUUAUUGGUGGAGAAGAAAUUUUUGGCUUUACAGAAUAAAAGUUCUGACACGGACUUUCAAAACAAUGAAAAAUUUGUACAGUUCAAACAACAGCUGAAAGAACUAAAGAAGCAAUCAGUGAAACCUAAAGAAGAUGGAAGACACUAUGAGUUCGACCAGAUUAAGGAUAAGGAUGCAAGUAGAGCAGGCAAUGAACGAGGAACUGCCAGACUGUUUUCCAAAGCGACUGCACCAUUUUACAUUCCCACCAGCAGUGUGUGAGGGUUCCAAUUGCUCCACGUCCUCGUCAACACUUGUUAUUAUCUGUCUUUUUGAUUGUAGCCAUCUUAGUGGGUGUGAAGUGCUAUCUUGUUGUUUUGAUUUGCAUUUCCCUGAUGGGUUAAUAUUGUAAUACUUAUUUUACUAACCUAGGGCAAAAGUUUCAAUCUUGUACUGUCUUAAAUUACCCAAUUGACUUUCUCAAACAAAACCAUAGUUUUGUACAAGACAAAUGCCAUUUAUGGGGUUAGGGUUAUAUCUGGGGGAAAAAAAAACCCACAAGAUGAAAUGACUUGGAGUUGACAUUACUCACUCUCCUAGGAGGUGAGUUUUGUAGUGAAUUCAUUCACAGCAUUCCGGGGCUUUAUCUGAGCUGCUCAUGUGCUAUUAUAUUAUAUUACUGGGUAAUCCAGACAGCACUUUGAUUAAAUCCGCAGUGUGAUGUCACCCGGUAAGCCCUUGAAAAUGGAGAUGCGUGUCUCUUCUGGUUUUAUCAGUCAAGAUUAGAAGUGGUUCACAGCAUCGUGAACUUUUUCUCCUGUGUUCUGUCAGUCUGUGUUUCAUUGUGGGCCAAUAAUCUGUCACCUGAAACUACUUAAAAUAGGUUGGGCUUUCUUGAAUGUUGUGUUGCUGUGAUGACAUUAGAUCUUGGCUGCAGAAGAAGGGAAAGAACAUUUCUUUGACUUUUGGUUGCCUUGAUACCCCUUGUUUCCAGUAACUGCACUGCCACUUUUAGCCCUUAGCUUGUAUUUCUAGGCUGUCUCUUAUUAGGUGUACCUUCCAUGUCUUUAUCUUUUGGAACUUCUAGUCUGGUAAUCUUUGUGUUUUUGUCAAAGAAAGAAAAUUGAUAUGGGACUUGGAAGGUGUAAAGAGUUUCAGCCUCUUGAUUUCAUCAAUGCAGAUAGGUAAAAAGAGCAUCCACAGCUGGAUGCAGUAGUGCACACCUGUUAGCCUAGUGACUUGGGAGGCUGAGGCAGGAGUAUCACAAAUUCAAGACCAGCCUCAGCAAUUUAGUGAGACCUGGUCUCAGAAUAAAAUAAAAAGGACUGGGAUGUAG